UUUUACAGUGUAACUCCACCUCAUUGAACUUUUAACCUCCAGUAUCACGUUGUGUUUGUAAAGUCAUCAUCACUGCAUCAGGUCCUGGUGUGGUUGUGUAUUUCUACUAAACAAUGGUGUGUACUAACCUCCUCCUGUGUACAGUUGCCUGGUUCACCUUGGACCCGGCCUCUGCUCACCCCGACAUCAUCUUCUCCAACGACAACCUGACGGUGACCUGCAACAGCUACGACGACCGGGUGGUCAUGGGGAACUCCGCCUUCUCCAGAGGCGUCCAUUACUGGGAGAUGACCAUCCAUCGCUAUGACAACCACCCCGACCCAGCAUUCGGCAUCGCCCGGGCCGACGUGCUGAAGGACGUGAUGCUGGGGAAGGAUGACAAGGCCUGGGCCAUGUAUGUGGACAACAACCGCUCCUGGUUCAUGCACAACAACUCACACACCAACAGCUUUGACUGGUGAAAAACAGACAACAGUUGUUGUAUGAACAGUCUCUCCCAUCUCAGCUGCUGAAGCUUGGAACUCCUUCAGAAGAGUAUUAGGUGUCCUGGUGACCUCUCUCACUUCUUUCGUCCUCGGUCAC